GGGCAGGAGCGCGCGCGACGCGCAUGCGCAGCAGCAGGCGGCUGUGCGAGCCGAGCUGGGAGAUGGCGGCAGCUGCGGUGGAGCGGAGAGUGUGAGCGCCGCCCGGGAGCCGCCGGCCCGGGCGCAGUGCGACCCCGACCCCGCCCGCCCGCCUGCCCACCAUGGGCAACGAGGCCAGCCUGGAGGGCGGCGCGGGCGAAGGGCCGCUGCCGCCCGGAGGCUCUGGUCUGGGUCCGGGCCCCGGAGCAGGGAAGCCGCCUUCAGCACUAGCUGGCGGCGGACAGCUCCCCGUGGCUGGCGCUGCGCGAGCGGCGGGACCCCCGACCCCUGGUCUCGGUCCGGUCCCCGGCCCUGGCCCCGGCCCCGGCCCGGGCAGUGUUCCCCGGAGACUGGACCCCAAAGAGCCCCUGGGCAGCCAGAGAACAACUUCUCCAACCCCAAAGCAAGCAUCUGCUACUGCUCCUGGCCGAGAGAGCCCCCGAGAGACAAGGGCCCAAGGCCCAUCAGGCCAGGAGGCCGAAAGUCCCCGCAGGACGCUGCAGGUAGACAGCAGGACACAGAGAUCAGGACGGUCCCCCUCGGUGUCACCGGACAGAGGCAGCACUCCCACGUCACCCUACUCUGUCCCCCAGAUUGCCCCUCUUCCCAGCAGCACCCUGUGUCCAAUAUGCAAGACCUCGGACCUCACAUCAACCCCCAGCCAGCCAAACUUCAACACCUGCACCCAGUGUCACAACAAGGUCUGCAACCAAUGUGGGUUCAACCCCAACCCUCACCUCACCCAGGUGAAGGAGUGGCUCUGUUUGAACUGUCAGAUGCAGAGGGCCCUAGGAAUGGACAUGACCACUGCGCCUCGGUCCAAGAGCCAGCAGCAGCUACACUCCCCGGCCCUGUCUCCUGCCCACUCCCCAGCCAAACAGCCUCUGGGGAAGCCAGAGCAAGAGCGAUCUCCUCGGGGCCCAGGGGCCACACAGUCUGGUCCCCGCCAGGCUGAAGCAGCCAGGGCCACCUCAGUGCCUGGGCCUACCCAGGCAACUGCCCCUCCAGAGGUGGGAAGGGUGUCUCCUCAGCCCCCUCUCUCCACCAAGCCUUCCACAGCUGAGCCCAGGCCACCUGCAGGAGAGGCCCAGGGCAAAAGUGCCACCACAGUGCCCUCUGGGCUUGGUGCUGGUGAACAGACCCAGGAAGGCCUCACCGGGAAGCUCUUCGGCCUUGGAGCAUCACUGCUGACCCAGGCGAGCACCCUUAUGUCUGUGCAGCCAGAGGCUGACACCCAGGGCCAGCCUUCCCCAAGCAAGGGGCAACCCAAGAUUGUCUUCAGUGAUGCCAGCAAGGAGGCGGGUCCAAGACCCCCAGGCUCAGGGCCUGGGCCUGGGCCAACACCUGGAGCCAAAACCGAGCCUGGGGCUAGAAUGGGUCCUGGAUCAGGGCCUGGAGCCCUGGCAAAAACUGGAGGAACCGCCAGUCCAAAGCACGGCAGAGCAGAACACCAGGCAGCAUCCAAGGCUGCUGCCAAGCCAAAGACCAUGCCGAAGGAAAGGGCCUCCGCCUGCCCACUGUGCCAAGCCGAGCUCAACAUGGGUAGCAGGGGCCCAGCCAACUACAACACCUGCACUGCCUGCAAGCUCCAGGUGUGCAACCUGUGUGGCUUUAACCCAACACCGCAUCUGGUGGAGAAAACAGAGUGGCUCUGUCUGAACUGCCAAACUAAGCGGCUGCUGGAGGGCAGCUUGGGGGAGCCAGCCCCCCUGCCUCUGCCCACCCCACAGCAGCCUCCUGCAGGAGUCCCUCACCGAGCAGCUGGAGCAGCCCCUCUGAAGCAGAAAGGGCCACAGGGGCUGGGCCAGCCCUCAGGCUCCCUGCCUGCCAAGGCCAGCCCCCAGGCCACCAAGGCCAGCCCUCAGGCCACCAAGGCCAGCCCUCAGGCCACCAAGGCCAGCCCUCAGACCACCAAGGCCAGCCCUCAGGCCAAGCCUCUCAGGGCUACUGAACCCAGCAAGACCUCUAGCAGCGCCCAGGAAAAGAAGACAGUGACCUCUGCUAAAGCUGAGCCUGUGCCGAAGCCACCUCCAGAGACUACUGUGCCUCCUGGGACUCCUAAAGCAAAAAGUGGGGUGAAGAGGACUGACCCUGCCACCCCAGUUGUCAAGCCUGUUCCAGAAGCUCCCAAGGGUGGGGAGGCUGAGGAACCAGUCCCCAAGCCUUAUUCUCAGGACCUGUCUCGAAGCCCACAGAGCCUCAGUGACACAGGCUACUCCUCCGACGGUGUCUCCAGCUCCCAGAGCGAGAUCACAGGUGUUGUACAGCAAGAAGUGGAACAGCUUGACAGUGCAGGGGUGACAGGCCCACGUCCACCCAGCCCCUCGGAGCUCCACAAAGUGGGUAGUAGCUUGCGCCCUUCACUGGAGGCCCAGGCUGUAGCUCCCAGUGCGGAAUGGAGCAAGCCACCCCGCAGCAGCAGCAGUGCGGUUGAAGACCAGAAACGGCGUCCUCACUCCCUGUCCAUCACGCCCGAGGCCUUCGACUCGGAUGAGGAACUGGGGGACAUUCUAGAGGAGGACGACUCCUUGGCAUGGGGACGUCAGAGGGAACAGCAGGACACAGCUGAGUCUUCAGAUGACUUUGGCAGCCAGCUGAGGCAUGACUACGUGGAAGACAGCAGCGAAGGCGGCUUGUCUCCCCUCCCACCUCAGCCCCCAGCCCGGGCAGACAUGACUGAUGAAGAAUUCAUGCGGCGACAGAUCCUAGAAAUGAGUGCCGAGGAAGACAACUUGGAGGAAGACGACACUGCUGUCUCUGGACGAGGCCUGGCCAAACACAGCGCCCAGAAGGCAAGUGCCAGGCCCAGACCGGAAUCUAGCCAAGAACCCAAGAGGCGCCUUCCCCAUAAUGCCACCACAGGCUACGAGGAACUCCUAUCUGAGGCAGGCCCAGCAGAGCCCACGGAUAGCAGCGGAGCCCUUCAGGGAGGUCUCCGACGUUUUAAAACCAUCGAGCUCAACAGCACGGGUAGCUAUGGUCAUGAGCUAGACCUUGGCCAAGGUCCUGAUCCCAACCUGGACCGGGAGCCUGAGCUGGAGAUGGAGAGCCUCACAGGCUCACCCGAAGACCGCUCUCGUGGGGAGCACUCCUCUACGUUGCCGGCCUCCACACCUAGCUAUACAUCUGGCACCUCACCCACCUCCCUGUCUUCACUGGAGGAGGACAGUGACAGCAGCCCCAGCCGCCGGCAGCGCCUAGAAGAAGCAAAGCAGCAGCGCAAGGCGCGGCACCGCUCCCACGGGCCCCUGCUGCCCACCAUCGAGGACUCCUCCGAGGAGGAGGAGCUGCGGGAAGAAGAGGAGCUGCUGCGUGAGCAGGAGAAGAUGCGGGAGGUGGAACAGCAGCGAAUUCGAAGCACAGCCCGCAAGACCCGGCGUGACAAGGAAGAGCUUCGAGCUCAGCGGCGGCGUGAACGCUCCAAGACACCACCCAGUAACCUGUCACCCAUUGAAGAUGCGUCCCCUACAGAGGAGCUGAGGCAGGCAGCGGAGAUGGAGGAGCUACACCGCUCUUCCUGCUCUGAGUACUCCCCCUCCCCCUCCCUGGACUCAGAGGCGGAGACCCUAGAUGGCGGCCCCACUCGGCUCUACAAGUCUGGCAGCGAGUACAACCUGCCGGCCUUUAUGUCUCUCUACUCACCGACUGAGACCCCUUCGGGCAGUUCCACCACGCCCAGUUCUGGACGGCCCCUUAAGAGUGCGGAGGAGGCCUACGAGGACAUGAUGAGAAAAGCUGAGAUGCUCCAGAGACAGCAGGGCCAGGUGGCAGGGGCCCGGGGACCCCAUGGUGGCCCCUCUCAGCCCACGGGCCCCCGCAGCCAGGGCUCCUUUGAAUAUCAAGACACCCAAGACCAUGACUAUGGCGGCAGGGCUUCUCAGCCGGUGGCAGAAAGCACGCCCGCAGGCCUUGGAGCGGCCGUGUACGAGGAGAUCCUUCAGACAUCCCAGAGCAUAGCCCGGAUGCGGCAGGCCUCCUCGCGGGAUCUGGGCUUCACUGAGGACAAAAAGAAGGAGAAGCAGUUUCUGAAUGCCGAGAGCGCAUACAUGGACCCAAUGAAGCAAAAUGGUGGCCCACUUACCCCUGGGACCAGCCCCACCCAGCUUGCUGCCCCCGUGUCUUUUUCCACCUCCACCUCCUCAGACAGCAGCGGUGGCCGAGUUAUCCCCGAUGUCCGAGUCACUCAGCAUUUUGCAAAAGAGCCUCAGGAUCCUCUCAAGCUGCACAGCUCUCCUGUCUCCUCCACUUUGACCUCUAAGGAGGUAGGCAUGACCUUCUCCCAGGGUCCUGGGUCACCAGCCACCACAGCCAGUCCGACACGAGGGUAUAUGACUCCAACCUCCCCAGCUGGCUCUGAGCGUAGCCCAUCAACGUCUUCCACAAUCCACAGCUAUGGGCAGCCCCCAACCACUGCUAACUAUGGGUCUCAAACGGAGGAGCUGCCCCACGCUCCCAGUGGCCCUCCUGGAAGUGGACGGGCCCCCAGAGAGAAGCCUCUGAGUGGGGGUGACAGUGAGGUCGGUGCCCCCCAGCCUUCUCGGGGAUAUUCUUACUUUACGGGCUCUAGCCCACCUCUCUCUCCAUCUACCCCCUCUGAGAGCCCCACAUUCUCACCAGGCAAGCUGGGCCCCAGGGCCACAGCAGAGUUCUCUACACAGACGCCAAGCCUAACGCUUUCCUCUGACAUUCCGAGGAGCCCCGGCCCCCCCUCCCCCAUGGUAGCCCAAGGCACACAGACUCCACACCGACCUAGCACUCCUCGAUUGGUGUGGCAGCAGUCUUCCCAGGAGGCCCCUAUUAUGGUCAUCACUCUGGCGUCGGAUGCUUCGAGCCAGACCAGAAUGGUGCAUGCCAGUGCCUCGACUUCCCCUCUGUGCUCACCUACAGACUCUCAGCCCACCUCCCACAGCUACAGCCAGACAACACCUCCAAGUGCAUCUCAAAUGCCCUCGGAACCGGCUGGGCCACCUGGCUUUCCACGAGCACCCAGUGCUGGUACAGACGGACCCCUGGCACUGUACGGCUGGGGUGCCCUCCCUGCUGAAAACAUCUCGCUAUGCCGGAUCUCCUCUGUCCCUGGAACAUCUAGAGUUGAGCCAGGCCCCCGGCCCCCGGGCACUGCGGUGGUAGACCUCCGCACAGCCGUCAAGCCCACCCCCAUUAUCCUUACCGACCAGGGUAUGGAUCUGACCUCUCUUGCUGUGGAAGCAAGGAAGUAUGGCCUGGCCCUGGAUCCAGUCUCAGGACGCCAGUCAACCGCUGUGCAGCCUUUGGUUAUCAACCUCAAUGCCCAAGAGCAGACCCAUACCUUCCUGGCCACUGCCACCACGGUGAGCAUCACAAUGGCCUCAUCUGUGCUCAUGGCUCAGCAAAAGCAGCCAGUGGUAUACGGAGAUCCUUUCCAGAGCCGCCUCGACUUUGGCCAGGGUUCAGGUAGCCCCGUGUGCCUGGCGCAGGUCAAGCAAGUAGAGCAGGCUGUCCAGACAGCCCCGUACCGAGGUGGGCCCAGGGGAAGACCCAGGGAGGCUAAGUUUGCCAGGUAUAACCUUCCCAACCAAGUAACACCUCUGGCCAGAAGGGACAUUCUGAUCACCCAGAUGGGCACCGCCCAGGGUGUGGGCCUGAAGCCAGGACCAGUGCCAGAGCCCGGUGCUGAACCCCACCGGGCUACUCCUGCAGAGCUCCGGUCACAUGCUCCUCCAGGUACCAGGAAGCCACACACAGUGGUGGUACAGAUGGGAGAGGGCACAGCCGGCACAGUGACUACCCUGCUCCCAGAAGAGCCGGCAGGUGCCCUGGACCUCACCGGAAUGAGGCCCGAGAGCCAGCUGGCAUGCUGUGACAUGGUCUACAAGUUUCCUUUUGGCAGUAGCUGCACUGGCACCUUCCAUCCUGCCCCUAGCGCACCCGACAAGAGUGUGACCGAUACAGCCCUGCCUGGCCAAAGCAGUGGCCCCUUCUACAGUCCCAGAGACCCUGAGCCCCCUGAGCCCCUCACCUUCCGCACACAGGGGGUAGUAGGACCUGGGCCCCAUGAAGAACAGAGGCCCUACCCACAGGGCCUGCCUGGAAGGCUAUACUCCUCCAUGUCUGACACCAAUUUGGCCGAAGCUGGCCUCAACUACCAUGCCCAGAGGCUUGGGCAGCUCUUCCAGGGACCUGGGAGGGACUCGGCAGUGGACCUCAGCUCACUGAAGCACUCGUACAGCUUAGGCUUUGCUGAUGGACGCUACUUAGGGCAGGGCUUACAGUAUGGCUCCUUCACGGACCUGCGUCACCCCACAGACCUUUUGUCUCACCCACUUCCCCUGCGGCGCUAUAGCUCGGUGUCAAACAUCUAUUCAGAUCAUAGGUACGGCCCACGGGGAGAUGCAGUUGGCUUCCAGGAGGCCAGCCUGGCCCAGUACAGUGCCACCACAGCCCGAGAGAUCAGCCGCAUGUGUGCUGCCCUCAACUCCAUGGACCAGUACGGUGGGCGGCAUGGCAGCGGGAGUGGUGGGCCUGACCUUGUGCAGUAUCAGCCCCAGCAUGGGCCUGGCCUCAGUGCUCCACAGGGUCUGGCUCCCCUUAGAUCCGGCCUCCUUGGCAACCCCACCUACCCAGAAGGGCAGCCAAGCCCUGGAAACCUUGCUCAGUAUGGGCCUGCAGCAAGCCAAGCAACAGCAGUCAGACAGCUACUCCCGUCCACAGCAACAGUGCGCGCAGCCGAUGGCAUGAUCUAUUCGACUAUCAAUACCCCAAUUGCUGCAACGCUGCCCAUCACCACCCAGCCUGCCUCGGUACUGCGGCCCAUGGUGCGUGGUGGCAUGUACAGGCCUUAUGUAUCUGGUGGAGUCACAGCUGUGCCCCUUACCAGCCUGACCCGUGUGCCCAUGAUUGCUCCUCGGGUACCUCUUGGACCAGCAGGGCUAUACCGCUAUCCUGCACCAAGAUUCCCCAUUGCUUCCAGCGUUCCACCUGCUGAAGGACCUGUCUAUUUGGGGAAGCCUGCUGCAGCCAAGGCCUCGGGGGCAGGAGGUCCGCCAAGGCCUGAGCUACCAGCAGGGGUUGCUCGUGAAGAACCCUUUUCCACAACUGCCCCUGCUGUCAUCAAGGAAGCCCCCGUGGCCCCUGCCCCGGGCCCGGCCCCGGCCCCACCACCUGGCCAGAAGCCAGCAGGAGAGGCCGUCGCUGGGAGUGGCAGUGGGGUCCUCAGCCGGCCUGCGUCGGAGAAGGAGGAAGCGUCUCAGGAGGACCGGCAGCGGAAGCAACAGGAGCAGCUGCUGCAGCUGGAGCGGGAACGGGUAGAGUUGGAAAAGCUGCGGCAGUUGCGGCUGCAGGAGGAGCUGGAGCGGGAGAGGGUGGAGCUGCAGAGGCAUCGUGAGGAGGAGCAGCUGCUGGUGCAGCGAGAGCUGCAGGAGCUGCAGACCAUCAAGCAGCAUGUGCUGCAGCAGCAGCAGGAAGAGCGCCAGGCUCAGUUUGCACUGCAGCGUGAGCAGCUGGCACAGCAGCGACUGCAACUAGAGCAGAUCCAGCAACUGCAGCAGCAGCUGCAGCUGCAGCUGGAGGAGCAGAAGCAGAGGCAGAAGGCCCCCUUUCCUGCCACCUGUGAGGCACCUAGCCGAGGGCCUCCCCCGGCUGCCACCGAGCUGGCCCAGAAUGGCCAGUACUGGCCACCGCUGACCCACGCGGCCUUCAUUGCUGUGGCGGGGACUGAAGGGCCCGGGCAACCUCGUGAGCCUGUGCUGCACAGGGGCCUCCCCAGCUCCGCCUCAGACAUGUCACUGCAAACCGAGGAGCAGUGGGAGGCAGGCCGUAGUGGCAUCAAGAAACGUCACUCCAUGCCACGCCUGAGAGAUGCCUGUGAGCCAGAGUCGGGACCUGAUCCCAGCACGGUCAGGAGAAUUGCAGACAGCAGUGUUCAGACAGAUGAUGAGGAGGGUGAGGGCCGCUACCUUGUGACUCGCAGGCGCAGGACGCGGCGCAGUGCUGACUGCAGUGUGCAGACAGAUGAUGAGGACAAUGCCGACUGGGAGCAACCCGUCCGCCGCCGCAGGUCUCGUCUUUCCCGUCACUCAGACUCAGGCUCUGACAGCAAGCACGAUGCCACUGCUUCCUCAUCCACCACGGCCGCCGCCACUGCGAGGGCCAUGAGCAGCGUGGGCAUACAGACCAUCAGCGACUGCUCCGUCCAGACCGAGCCCGAGCAGCUGCCCAGGGUCUCUCCAGCCAUCCACAUCACGGCUGCCACCGACCCAAAGGUGGAGAUUGUCAGGUACAUAUCAGCACCAGAAAAGACUGGGCGCGGGGAGAGCCUGGCCUGCCAGACAGAACCGGAUGGACAGGCUCAGGGUGUGGCUGGGCCACAGCUCAUAGGACCAACUGCCAUCAGCCCCUACCUACCUGGCAUCCAGAUAGUCACCCCAGGAGCCCUGGGCAGAUUUGAGAAGAAGAAGCCGGAUCCUCUGGAAAUCGGUUACCAGGCCCACCUGCCCCCGGAGUCCCUGUCGCAGCUUGUGAGCCGCCAGCCUCCUAAGUCUCCACAAGUGCUCUACUCUCCAGUGUCGCCCCUGUCCCCACACCGGCUCCUGGACACUUCGUUUGCUUCCAGUGAGAGGCUGAACAAGGCUCAUGUGAGUCCCCAGAAGCAAUUCAUAGCUGACAGCACCCUUCGCCAGCAGACUCUGCCUCGCCCCAUGAAGACCCUGCAGCGGUCUCUGUCCGACCCUAAGCCCCUGAGCCCCACCGCCGAGGAGUCUGCCAAAGAGAGAUUCUCCCUCUACCAGCACCAGGGGGGACUAGGUAGCCAGGUGUCGGCGCUGCCACCCAACGGCCUGGUCCGCAAGGUGAAGCGGACACUGCCCAGCCCCCCUCCAGAGGAAGCUCACCUUCCCCUGGCUGGCCAGGUGCCCUCACAGCUGUAUGCAGCCAGUCUGCUGCAGCGAGGGUUGGCGGGGCCCACCACCGUCCCUGCUACCAAGGCCAGCCUGCUCCGGGAGCUGGACCGGGACCUGCGGCUGGUGGAGCAUGAGUCCACCAAGCUGCGCAAGAAGCAGGCGGAGUUGGACGAGGAGGAGAAGGAGAUUGACGCCAAGCUCAAGUACCUGGAACUGGGCAUCACCCAGCGCAAGGAGUCGUUGGCCAAAGACCGGGGUGGCCGUGACUACCCACCUUUACGUGGCCUUGGUGAGCAUCGUGACUACCUGUCUGACAGCGAGCUCAACCAGCUGCGGCUCCAGGGUUGCACCACACCCGCUGGCCAGUAUGUGGACUACCCUGCCUCAGCUGCUGUGCCUGCCACUCCCUCUGGCCCCACUGCCUUCCAACAGCCCCGGUUCCCACCUGCAGCCCCACAGUACACUGCAGGCAGUAGUGGACCAACUCAAAAUGGAUUUCCAGCCCACCAGGCACCUACCUACACUGGCCCUAGCACAUACCCAGCACCUACCUACCCUCCUGGGACUGGUUAUCCAGCUGAGCCUGGCCUGCCAAGCCAACCGGCUUUCCACCCCACAGGCCAUUACGCAGCCCCAACGCCCAUGCCAACCACGCAGAGCGCCCCUUUCCCAGUGCAAGCUGACAGUCGUGCUGCCCACCAGAAGCCACGGCAGACUUCACUGGCUGAUCUGGAGCAGAAAGUUCCCACCAAUUACGAGGUGAUUGGCAGCCCUGCUGUCACCAUGUCUUCAGCGCCCCCUGAAACCGGCUACAGUGGUCCAGCUGUGAGCGGCAGCUAUGAGCAGGGUAAAGCCCCCGAGCACCCCCGGGGCAGUGAUCGAAGCAGCGUGAGCCAGAGCCCAGCCCCCACGUAUCCCUCUGACUCCCACUACACCAGUCUGGAACAGAAUGUUCCUCGAAACUAUGUGAUGAUCGACGACAUCAGCGAACUGACGAAGGACAGCACCCCCACUGCCUCGGAGAGCCAGCGGCUGGAGCCUUUGGGGCCAGGUGGAGUCAGUGGGCGUCCCGGGAAGGAUCCUGGGGAACCAGCCGUCCUUGAGGGACCCACUCUGCCCUGCUGCUAUGGCAGAGGUGAGGAAGAAUCUGAGGAGGACUCAUAUGACCCCCGUGGGAAAUCUGGUCAUCACCGGAGCAUGGAGAGCAACGGCCGGCCAAGCACCCACUAUUACGGUGACAGUGACUAUAGACACGGGGCUCGAGCAGACAAGUACGGUCCAGGACCCAUGGGGCCAAAGCAUCCCUCUAAGAGCCUGGCCCCAGCUGCCAUCUCCUCAAAGCGCAGCAAGCACCGGAAGCAAGGCAUGGAGCAAAAGAUCUCCAAGUUCUCACCCAUCGAGGAGGCCAAGGAUGUGGAAUCCGACCUGGCCUCCUAUCCCCCGCCCACCGUCAGCAGCAGUCUGACCUCUCGGGGCAGAAAGUUCCAGGAUGAAAUCACCUAUGGGCUCAAGAAGAACGUGUACGAACAGCAGCGGUACUACGGGGUGUCCAGCCGCGACGCGGCAGAGGAGGAUGAGCGCAUGUACGGUAGCAGCAGCCGGUCCCGAAUGGCGUCGGCAUACAGUGGGGAGAAGCUGUCCAGCCAUGACUAUAGCAGCCGAGGCAAAGGGUAUGAACGGGAACGGGACACUGCAGAGCGACUUCAAAAGGCGGGCUCCAAGCCCUCAUCCCUGAGCAUGGCCCAUGGCCGGGCACGGCCCCCCAUGAGGAGCCAGGCCUCUGAAGAGGAGAGCCCUGUCAGCCCCUUAGGGCGGCCCCGCCCCGCAGGGGGCGCUCUUCCUCCCGGGGACACCUGCCCACAGUUCUGCUCCAGCCAUUCCAUGCCUGACGUCCAGGAACAUGUCAAGGACGGACCGCGGGCCCACGCGUAUAAGCGUGAGGAGGGCUACAUGUUGGAUGAUUCCCACUGCGUGGUUUCUGACAGCGAAGCGUAUCACCUGGGCCAGGAGGAGACAGACUGGUUUGAUAAGCCCCGAGAUGCCCGCUCCGACCGGUUCAGGCACCAUGGGGGCCAUACAGUCUCCUCCUCCCAGAAGCGAGGCCCUGCCAGGCACAGCUACCAUGACUACGAUGAGCCCCCUGAGGAGGGCCUAUGGCCUCAUGAUGAGGGUGGUCCAGGCCGGCAUACCUCAGCCAAGGAACACCGGCACCACAGUGACCACGGGAGGCACUCAGGCCGCCACGCUGGUGAGGAGCCAGGACGGCGGGCUGCCAAACCGCACGCUCGGGACAUGGGUCGCCACGAGGCCCGACCUCACCCUCAGGCCAGCCCUGCCCCUGCCAUGCAGAAGAAGGGUCAGCCCGGGUACCCCAGCUCUGCUGAUUAUUCACAGUCGUCCCGGGCUCCGUCAGCAUACCACCAUGCCUCUGAGAGCAAAAAGGGCUCCCGGCAGGCCCACACUGGGCCUUCUGCACUGCAGCCAAAGGCAGACACCCAGGCUCAGCCACAGAUGCAAGGUCGGCAGGCGGCUCCAGGACCGCAGCAGUCGCAGCCACCAUCAUCCAGGCAGACACCCUCGGGCACAGCAUCACGUCAGCCACAGACACAACAGCAGCAACAGCAGCAGCAGCAACAGCAGGGUCUUGGGCAACAAGCCCCCCAGCAGGCUCCAUCCCAGGCUCGGCUACAGCCUCAGAGCCAGCCAACCACCCGGGGCACAGCCCCUGCUGCCAGCCAACCAGCGGGGAAACCUCAGCCAGGCCCCACCACAGCCCCAGGGCCCCAGCCAGCAGGACCGCCACGUGCAGAGCAGGCCAGCAGCUCUAAACCACCCGCAGCCAAAGCGCCCCAGCAGGGACGGGCUCCUCAGGCGCAGACAACUCCAGGACCUGGACCUGCAGGGGCGAAGCCUGGAGCCAGGCCUGGAGGGACCCCAGGGGCUCCCGCUAGUCAGCCAGGGGCAGAAGGAGAGAGUGUAUUCUCUAAGAUCCUCCCUGGUGGGGCAGCAGAACAAGCUGGAAAGCUGACAGAAGCUGUCUCUGCUUUUGGCAAAAAAUUUUCCUCAUUCUGGUGAUUGUGUCCAGAAGGGCUCCUGAAGACCUGAAGAAAGACAAUCUCAUUGCUGUGGAAAAAUCUCUGGAGUCAAAGGCCUGGGCGCAGCUCUGGACUCUGCGUAUAACGCUGGGAUGGGCCUAGCGGCCCCCCUCAGAAACAGUGUGCUAGCUGGCAUGAUGGUAAAUGAGUCAGCCAUCCUGACUUGGGAAAGGGGCCAUUGACACCUGUUGUACCCCUACAACUUCAGGUCUGUAUUCUGGACACUGAGUUCAAAGUCGUCCUGAAAGACAGGGCAGACUAUGGCUUGUAUUGGAGACAUCGAUGUCCGGUGCUGGUGUAUCCAAACCCAGCAGAACACAGAGCUUUGGGCAUGAAGUGAAGAGAUUUUUGGGUUCACAGGUUGCACUUGCGGCUCACAAGGCGAAAGGGUGAAGAAGGGAGAGAGGAACACAGAAAAGGGACACAGGAAAAGCAGUCACUGGUCAGCUAGUCAGUCCAACUCCAGGGCAGCCCAGUGAGAGAACAGGAAGGUACAGGAUAGGUACCCCCUCUUCCUAGAUUGUAGUGGCCAGGGGAGAUGGGAUGCUCCCUCUCAGAGCCUGCCCCAGUCCUGGUCUUGGCCCUGCCUCUGUGGACAGAAGAGGACAUCCCUCAUUUAGAAUUGGGGAGAGUAGCCUAGUUGUUGAAGUUGCUCUUUGCACAGCCAAGAAUGACCCAUCUCGCCAUCUCCCUGAGGCCUCUCGUCUCCAGCUCUUUUUCCUGCUCUCGAGUUAAGCAUAUGGAGAUAUGUGGGCAGCCAUAACAUCUCAGGUGCUACUCAGGGGAGGUGGGGGAGGGACAGCCCAUGGCCCAGGUCCAGGAUAGUAGUCAGUAAGCAGUUCACUUUAAGGGAGCCUUAGAGCACCAGAGCCCUUACUUAUCUGCUCGUGGUAGAGAGGAAGCUGUGUGUGGGUACCAAGGGCUGCCAGUCUUUUCAGAGGCACGGAGGCACUGAAAAGGCUCAGUCUCUCAUCCACUUAUUCAACAAAUGCUGAUCUAGCCCCAGAUAUGUGCCCAAUCCUGUUUUAGUCCUUGGGGACACAAUAGCAGUCAAAACCGAGUUCCCGUCCUUUUGAGUCAACAGUCCACUAAGGGAGACAAAGAGUAAAUAAGUUCCAAAAUAAAACAUCUGCAUGACUGGUAAUGCACGCCUUUGACCCCAGCACUUGAAGGCAGAGGCAGGUGGUUCUCUGUGAAUUUAAGGCCAACCUGGUCUACAGAGCGAGUUCCAGGACAGCCAGGGCUACACAGAGAAACUGUGCCUCAAAGCAAAACAACAACAACAACAACAAAACAAAAUAAACAACCCCCCACAAAAGUAAGUAAAUAAAGUAAUUAAAAACUAAUUUGAAAGGAAUUUUGUUUGUUUGUUUGUUUGUUUUCGAGACAGGGUUUCUCUGUGUAGCCCUGGCUGUCCUAGAACUCACUCUGUAGACCAGGCUGGCCUUGAACUCAGGGAUCUGCCUGCCUCUGCCUCCCAAGUGCUGGGAUUAAAGGCGUGCACCACCACUGCCUGGCAAAAGGAUUUUCUGAUGGCAAAUGUGCAGCAGGGUUUCUGCAGCAGCUGGAGCUGCCCUAGAGAAAGUAGUCAGAGCUGGAGGCACGGGAAAGCAGGGUGCCAGCCGCGCUUCUGAUGCUGAGGGGAACUGGUCGGCCUCAGAGACAGGCAGAGAGGAACACAGCUCGGCCGUGGCAGAGUAGCAGUGACCAGUGCUAUUUUAGGCAGGUACAAUAGGCCAAAGUGAAGACCUUGGGCUUUCUGCUAGUGACAGCCACCCCAGUGCUGACACCAUCUGAGUGCUGCCUGACAGCAUGCUCCCUGCCUUUGCUGUCAGGCAGUGGAUGCCCUGUCAUCCUCCCUCUCAGCUGGACAGUUUCUUGGUGUGCCCUGGAACAUACAUAAAAUCUCAAGUGGUAUUUAGGGGAGAUGGGGAGGGACAGCCCACGGCUCGGGUCCAGGACAGCACCCACCCUGAGUUUGGGGCCAGAGAACUACGAGGAAGAAAAGGCAGCACACCUGUGCUUUGGGCCACAUCUUGCCAUCAUGUGGGCAGGCCACUGGGACCGUGACUCUGUAGCUAAGAGCUGCCUGAUUCUGGCACUUGGCCAACAUUUGGGCUAGGUGGUCAAAGCUGCUCCAUAUGUCCCUCUCCUGGUGUCCUUCAUGUCAGUUUCAGACAUGAGCUAGGAGAUGUUUGUCUUUUGAAACAAAACCCCAUCUCCCUCACUCUUCUUGGUUUUGUUUGUUUGUUUUUUGAGACUGGGUCUCAUUUGUAGGACUGACCGAUCUGUAACUCAAUAUAUAGAGAUCAAGCUAACCGUGAACUUGUAGUGAGUUUCCUCCCUCCAUUACUUAAGGCUAGGGUUAUGGGUGUCCACUGUCAUACCUGGCUUCCUAUACACUUACAAAAUAAAUGUCAAAGGGCCAGCAAGAUGGCUCAGUGGUUAAAGGUGUUUGUUGCCAAAGCCUGAAAGUCCGAGUUUAAAUCCUAGACUCCAAAUGGUGGAAGGGAGAACCACCUCCUGCGCUUUACCCUCUGACCCCCACGUGCAGGUGUAUAUAUACACACAAUCAUAUAAUAUAUACACACAAUCAUAUAAUAUAUACACACAAUCAUAUAAUAUAUACACACAAUCAUAUAAUAUAUACACACAAUCAUAUAACAUAUACACACAAUCAUAUAACAUAUACACACAAUCAUAUAAUAUAUACACAUAAUCAUAUAAUAUAUACACACAAUCAUAUAACAUAUACACACAAUCAUAUAAUAUAUACACACAAUCAUAUAAUAUAUACACACAAUCAUAUAACAUAUACACACAAUCAUAUAAUAUAUACACACAAUCAUAUAAUAUAUACACACACAAUCAUAUAAUAUAUACACACAAUCAUGUAAUAUAUAUACACAAUCAUAUAAUAUAUACACACAAUCAUAAAAGAAGUUGGACACGGCACAUGCCUGUGCCGUAGGCUAAGUGACUAGAGGGUCGCUCUGGUGUCACUUUGGGUGAUGUAAUGAAGCCCUGCUGUCUCAAAUGGCACAGGAAGAAGGGAGGUCUUUUCCUGGAGGUCUGGCUCUCCCUUCUCCCGAUCAGUCUUUAACCUGCGCAGAUGCUAACCUCUCUAUGCCUUGACGGAAUGCAAUCUUCUGGGUGAAGCAGAAACUGGCCAUCACAUGGCAGUGCCUAGGAGCAAUGUAAGGAGGGUGGCAAACUAUGACCAGGGUUCACAACAACAAACCCUUCUUCCUUCUCUCCCUCUCUCCUUCUCUUUUCAAAGCAUCUACAAGCUGGCAAACCUUUGGCCCAAAGAUUCCCAGCAGGCGGGCCCCAGCAGGCAGGCCUCAACCAAGCAUGAGAAUGACAUGUGUUCUCACAGCAGCGACCUAGGUGAAGCAUCUGCCGGACCAAUGGGACCAUUGGCUUGGGGGACCUUUCAUGUCUUUCAAGAGACCCUGCCUUACUCAGGCCAGCCGUCCUUGGGAGCGAGGAGCCCUCCUCACCAGAACGCGGUUGCUGCUGUUGCUGUCUGCUGCUCUUCCCGCAGCCUCCUGUGGCCUGGCCACCAGGCUUCCAAUGCGUUAUACACAGAGUUUGGGUGCACACUGCCCUCCUCUAAGAUGCCAGAAGUUUUUUCCACAGCCUUGGAGAGGGGCUUUGACUGAGGGCUGGGGCCCUGGGCUCCGAUUCCUUCACAUUCCAGCUGGCCCGGAUCCCUGUGUGGCCAUAAGGCCUUGCCCUCGUCACCCUGCUCUGGGGGUGACACUGGAGCAGACGUCCACAUGGCCAGCAUGGGUUUGGGAGAACUUUACAAACAUUAGGACCCUAACACUGUCUCAUCGCUGAAACAAGAGGCCAUAGCACCGAAACGCAGCGUGGGCACCGGCUGAGGCUUCUCCCAGCCCGUGGAUGGCAGCGUAACUAGGCAUGCCUGCCAUCACCUUAAAGCCAUCCCCCCAGCCAUUGUGAGCACCCCAGCAGCACCGCCAUUGUCUCGACCAGCCGGCUCCUCGGCUCCUCAUCUCUACACCUGAGGAUUUCUUUUGAUUUCAGGAACAGCCUUAAUCAUUCCAGUUUGAUUUACAUGUAUACCUCAUGAACAUUUUUUUGUUGUUGUUGUUUUAUUUUUCUUUCUCUCCCUUUCUUUUCUUUGCUUUUAUCCCUUUGUCUCUCCCCCACCCCACCCCCACCCCGCAACCUCGUGACUGAUGGUUUGGUUUCCUCUCUGCUCUGCCCCUGCUCAGCACAGGGAGAAACGUUGAUUUAGAAGCAAUAGCGGGCAGCAGGCCACCAAGAGCACAAACCCAGGGCGAGGUCUAGGGAGGCUCCUCAGCCCGCCUGUUUACUGUCUUCUUAAGCCAUCAGCAGUGGGUGUGCUCAGAGCAGAGGAGCCAAGGGAGAGCUUCAGAGACCUGUGAGGUAAGGGGAGUAUAACACCGUCCAUUCACCUCGUGGACUGGGCUACAUGCCUCCCCAAAGCCCUUCCCUGGGAGGCCUCCCUUCAUCUCGGGCCCAGCCACAAGUCUCAUCUCUAAUGUUCUAUGCAAUGAAAUAUAAACCCUCAAAGACAACUGUUAAUAUUUAAUAAAUUCCGUGUUACAUAUAAGGAGUUAAUUGCAAACAUGCAGUUGAGAAACUGGAUAGCUCUAUCUGCUCAUACCAUCACCCCAACCCAAUCCUUGUCCCCACAUUCUGUGUGUGUGAGAGAGAAAUGGAGAGCGUGAGUGCGUGUGUGCGUGCGUGCGUGCGUGCGUGCGUGUGUGUGUGUGUGUGUGUGUGUAUGCGCGUGUGCAGGUGUGCAUGUGUAAAUUUUAAGUCUGUGGCAUGUUUGACCUGUGGCAGGACUCGCUGCUUGCCAGGUGAGUCGCCGCCUGUCUGGCACUGGAGCAUGCACGGCUCGAAGCUUCUUUGCACGAUUUCAUUCAUUUUAAAUGCCCGACCUCUUGCUUGGAGUUCUUUUCGCCUCCAAACCUCUCCUUUAGGAGCGCUUCUCCCUGACUUUGGGACACGCUAGUAAAGACCUGCCAGAACUGCCUACAUUUGCCAGGCCAGGGAGCAGGCAGUGAGGCCCCAGACACCUUGCAGUUUUUAUCUGUGUACAAUAGCAGAUAAAAACAAACCUUAGACUAGACAGAGAGGGGAGCCCGCACAGGAUGCAUGUGUAUGGACAUUCUGUGGGUUUGCUGUAGGAUUUCUACUUGUAUAUCAUUUUUCCUCCUAUCCCAGGCCUGAGCCAAAAGAAACUGGUCACAUCUUCCCAGUGGGGUACUGCUCAAGGGCAAAGCUUGGGGCACAUCUGUGGAGAGGCAGAAGCCAAGGGAUCCUGGCUGUGCCCUAUGAUUCCCAGAUCUUGACUGACUCUGCUCUAUGUCUCUCCUUUGUGAUGAAGAAGCUUAAAGGAUUGUGAGCCAAGAGAUCUAUCUGGAGUGGAGCCAGGGGUCAUAAGGUACCCAGAAGGAGCUGGCUAUGGCUGAAAAUAUCAUUCAGGAAAAAACUGUUCACAUAAAUAACAGCUUCAAACUGAGCCCAGAAGGUCUCUCAAGAGCAAAACUUACUGAAGGGUUGGUGUAACCCUCUCCACAUCUGCCCCAGGACUUGCCUCCUCUGAGGCAUAAGUAUCACACUGUUGUCAGCAUCUCCCUCACUGGCCCAGGAGUAGGGCAGACAGUACCUGCCUGACCCCUAAAGUCUGGCCUGCCUCCAGAGAGCUUUGGUGUAUACCAUGCAUUUCUCAGGGGUUCACGUUUCUCAUGCAUUUUUACAAGGCUUAUAAAUCCUUUAGUGUGGGAUCCUGUCCCACCAUCGGCAGCUGUGGUUGGGACACUUCAAGCUGUGUUGGACUUAAGAGCCCGAGUUCCCGGGAUUUAGCUUUCUUCACACUAUGGAAUAUCUCAGAGAUCAAACUUGGGCUAUAUGGGGCCAUCGCUAAAAGGGCUGAAGAAGGCCCUCUUUGAGGAACUCCCAGGCCCAGGUGUGUACAGGAUGUGCCCAGGGUCUAGAUACCUGGGACCAUGACUGUAUUCCUUUCCUCUCAGAGUCAAGGGGCUAGACUAGGGGAUGAGGGCAGGCAGGGUGUCCACGGGUCAGUCUCUGGCUGACCCCUAGGCUCUAAAGUAUUAACUUUACAGCACAUUUCUUUUCUGACAUUUCUGAUAUCUGCUACUCUAUCCCUGGCUGUGCCCACAGGACAGAUCUUUGCCCUUCUGUGAAUAUGACUGCAGGAGUCUUCUAGGCCAUAGGUAUCCCUGGCCCUUAUGUUGACUCUGUGUAGAGCCCAGACCUCCAUUUUCUCCCCUCUUAGUGUCAUAAGCAAGGGCACCCUCCUCUGCCCACGCAAGGCCUCAACACACUCACUUCAUAGGGAUGGUCCUCGCACCAUCUUCUUCCUGUUCUUUGGGCAGGGUGAACAGUCUCAGGGCCCACACUGAAAGAACAGCCAGGGCAGCAAUUCUGGUCUGUAUGCUGGAGCCUCUGGGGAGUUUUCCAGGCAGGUCCUUGUCCGUGAGAGUACAGUCCUGCCCAAUAGCCCUUCUCCUCCCUUGCUGUAAAUAAUGUGUCAUCAUGGACUCCAUCAGGGCCGGAGGGACAUAUAUAAUCAAAUGAAACUCUCUGGAGAUGCCAUCUCUGUCUCCCUGGGUGCCAGCACCCUGCUACCAUGUGCACCGGGUGGCACUGGAGAGCCAUAGAAGUCAUGAGAUACUGUAUGUGUAAGCACAUGUACAUGAGUGUGUGUGUGUGUGUGUGUGUGUGUGUAUGUAUGUAUGUAUGUGUGAGUGUGUGUGUGUGUUUGUGCGUGUGUGCACGAGUCUCAUUCAGCCUCUGGGGUCAAAUCAAUUCCUCUCAAGUGUGGUACCCUAGAGAGUGGUGGCCAUCUACAUUUUCUCCCUCUAGCUUCUAUGUCUUGUUUUUGCUUUCCCUCCCCUCCUCCUCCCCUCUCUCUCCUUCUCUCUGUGAGGGGGGAGAGUGCUGUACAAAGUCAAACAAACAAGUUUACAUUGUAAGUGCAAUGACCCGAGUCCUCCACAUGACCUUGUGAAUUGUGUGCCGUCCUCCUGUGCUCUGUGAGAACUCGUGGUACUUCAGUGUCCCUCCCCUGUACUGUGACAAGGUAUUUCUGUGGUAUCAGAAUAAAAGGACUUGAUAUAAACAAC